AUGGAACUGGGCCUUUGGCUGGUGACCAGCACCCUGGCAGCAGUGCUGGGCACGGCCCUGCUGGAGGGCAACACGUGUCGGGCACCAGAUGGCAAGGAUGGCCCCCCAGGAGUCCCUGGCCUUGAUGGGAGGCCAGGGCAGAAGGGUGACAGGGGAGAGCCAGGGAAACCAGCCCAGAGGACGGGCAUCCGGGGACUCAAAGGGGAUGCAGGGGAGCCAGGACCUCCAGGCAACCCUGGCAACCAGGGCUACCACGGCCCGUCCGGCCCCCCGGGGGUCCCGGGGCUGGCAGGACCCAAGGGAGCGAAGGGCAAAGCCGGCAACAUCCUGGAGCAGCCCCGUCCUGCCUUCUCUGCCUCGAGGAAGUCCCCUCCAGCCACGGGCAGGACGGUGGUGUUCGACCACAUCAUCACCAACCAGGAGAGCUCCUACAGCCCCCAGAGCGGGGAGUUCACCUGCCGCGUCCCCGGGCUCUACUACUUCUCCUACCAGGUGGUGUCCGGCGGGGACCUCUGCUUGAGCAUCACCAAGAACCAGGAGCCCCUGGUCACCUUCUGCGACGCCAACAGCCGGGAGCUGCUGCAGGUGAACUCGGGCAGCAGUGUGCUCAGCCUGGCCCUGGGGGACAGGGUGUCCCUCAGCACCGACCCCUCCAGGGGCAGCUCCAUCUACGGCGGCUCCGACGCCGACAGCGUCUUCAGCGGCUUCAUGCUCUUCCCGCACGGCACCAAAAUGGAGCAGAGCUUCUGGGAACAGCUCCAUCUGGUUCUUGCCCUCCUACUCCUGAGUCUGGGGUCUGUUGUGACUGGAGAUGCCACUUCCAGCUGCUAUGGGAUCCCAGGCCUGCCAGGCUGGCCAGGUGUGCCAGGCAAGGAUGGCCGGGAUGGGCUGAAGGGAGCCAAGGGAGAGCCAGGGGAACCAGGUAGUCCUGGCUUGCCUGGCAAGACUGGCCCCGUUGGUCCCCUUGGACCUCCUGGAGACCCUGGAGCGACGGGCAUGCCUGGGAAGACCAGCGUGUACCCCUCGAAGAACGUCCCCGUGGUGUUCAACCACGUCAUCACCAACACCAACCAGGACUACAACACCACCACUGGCAAGUUCACCUGCAAGCUCCCCGGCCUCUACUACUUUGUCUUCCACACGUCCCUGACAGCCAACCUCUGUGUCCUCCUGUACAAGAGUGGCAGCAGGAUGGCCAGUUUCUGCGACCACAAGACCAACAGCAUGCAGGUCAGCUCUGGUGGGACCCUCCUGCACCUGGCUGCUGGCAACCAGGUGUGGCUGGAGGUGAACGACUACAAUGGCAUGCAGAUGCAGAGCGUGUGGGCUGUGCUGAUGUGCCUGGCUGGGGGGCAGGUGGCAAGUGCCACGUUCUGCAAGAGCCACGGCAACAUCCCGGGCAUCCCGGGGGCACCAGGACAGCCCGGCAGCACCGGCAGGGACGGGGAGAACGGCCCCAAGGGGGACCCAGGUCCCCCAGGCCAGGUGGUGCACGAAGACGUGGGGGAGAAGGGAGACCCAGGAGCGCCCGGAUACCCGGGGAAGAUUGGCCCCAGGGGUCCCCCUGGCUCAAAGGGCUUACCCGGCCCUAUGGGUCCCCCUGGCCCUCAGGGGGACUCAGGUGACUACAAGGCCACCCUCAAGUCUGCUUUCUCAGCUGCCAGGUCCAUCAGCUCCUACCCCAGGCGGGACCAGCCCGUUCGCUUCGACCGCGUCUUGGCCAACGCGCCGGGUCACUACGAGAACCGCUACGGCCGCUUCCUCUGCCGCCUCCCAGGCAUCUACUACUUCACCUACCACGUCACCUCCAGGAGCAACCUCUGCCUCAGCAUCAAAAAAGGCCGGGGUGGCAGCAGAGGAGAGAAAGUGGUGACUUUCUGCGACUACGUCCACAACAGCUACCAGGUCACCACGGGCGGCGUGGUCCUCAAGCUGGCGGCGAACGAGUCCGUCUGGCUGGAGCCCACGGAGAAGAACUCCCUGGUGGGGUUAGAAGGGUCUGACAGCAUCUUCUCCGGUUUCCUGGUCUUCCCUGAUGCUUAG